AUGCACGCCCGUUUUGCAACCAUGAUGCUCGCCACCCUAAGCCUCAUCACGACCGCAUUCGCUACUGUCGCUCCUUCUGUCGUCGUAGAAUGCGGUGCUGUCGCCCCGUGGAACACUUGCGUACAAGGCUGCCCUGGAACCUGCAAGCAAACAAGUGGCCGUGCGUGGUGCGACUGUCCCUGGCAGCAAGGAGGAGGAGGCGCAUAA